GCUUUCAAAGCUUGAGGUUACCAAUAUCAGCAGCCCAUGAGCCCCAUCAAUUCCAUCAACGCCGCCUCACAACCCUACGCCAUUUGAUUAGAAUACACCAUCGAUCUGGCUCGAAGACGGUACAUCCCUUCGUCGGCCGACUCCUUCUUCCCCCCUCUCCUCGCCGACCAGCCCCGUCACUGCCCUGCGCGGAUUGCGACUGCCCCCGCCGAAGCCAGGUUCCUCGCUUUUCUGCAGCGCCUCUAUCGCCCUCCCUAACAAGUCUUCGCGCACAGAGUCUCCAUCACUACGCAGCCUAUCGCCGCUUGCAGCUCGCCGUCAUGGGCAAUCAACAGUCCAGCAGCAAGAAGGACAAAGGCGAGGGCGCCAAGGGCUCCAUCGAGGGCCUUUCUCUCGAACGCGAGAACUAUCGGUCGUUUGACAGGUCCGACACCAAGGAAUCCGCUCGAUCGCUUCGCAGUUCUAUCAAGUCAAAGAUUCCCGGCAGCACCAAGACGGACAGUCCGAGGAACUCCACCAUUGGCCUCAGCAACGACACUGCAACCAACGGCACGGUAGACAAGUCGGAUGCUGCAUCAACAAAGUCUGCCAAUGGCACCAAGUCAGAAAAACGACCUCGCCGAGGGUCUGGUGCCUCUGCGCAGGCCUCUGCCAUCGAUGCUGCCGCGCGUUCCGACGCCCUGGCCGAGAGCCCACAACCCCCGCCAUCUCCAGUCCACAGUGCCUCGGUCGGCCACGGCCAUGAGUCUGUGGAUCGGGCCCAACAGACAGGAGAAGUUGACCAUGUCUCAGACGCACCACCAAGCGGAGUCCCGCCGCCGUCGUCCACGCAGCUGCCCGGUGAGUCUAUUCUACAGAGGAAGGACCAGCCCAUUCCGAGAGUCCCGGAAGCGCCGUCGGCAAACGAUGGUGCCGGCUCGCCCAUGGAGAUCAGCGCCCUGAAAGCUAUGGAUCUCGAUGACAUGAUCCAGCGACUGUUGGAUGCCGCAUAUACUGGGAAAGUCACAAAAACGGUGUGCCUGAAGAACGCUGAGAUAUUCGCUGUCUGCUCGGCUGUGCGCGAGGUCUUCCUCAGCCAACCCGCUCUGUUGGAGCUCGCACCUCCUGUCAAGAUUGUUGGCGAUGUGCAUGGACAGUACACGGACCUCAUUCGAAUGUUUGAGAUGUGUGGAUUCCCGCCAAACUCAAACUACUUGUUCCUCGGUGACUACGUGGAUCGCGGGAAGCAGAGCCUGGAGACGAUUCUCCUACUCAUGUGCUACAAGCUUAAGUUCCCUGAGAACUUUUUCCUCUUGCGGGGCAAUCACGAAUGCGCCAAUGUGACCCGUGUCUAUGGCUUCUACGAUGAGUGCAAGCGAAGGUGCAACGUCAAAGUCUGGAAAGCCUUUGUUGAUACUUUCAACACCCUACCAAUAGCGUCUAUUGUUGCGCAGAAGAUUUUCUGUGUCCAUGGCGGCCUCUCCCCAAGCUUGUCGCAUAUGGAUGAUAUUCGAAACAUUGCUCGGCCUACCGACGUUCCGGACUACGGACUACUGAACGACUUGCUAUGGAGCGACCCAGCAGACAUGGAGAAUGAUUGGGAGUCAAAUGAACGUGGUGUUAGCUAUUGUUUUGGGAAGAAGGUCAUCAUGGAAUUCCUGCAGCGGCACGAUUUCGAUCUGGUUUGCAGAGCGCACAUGGUCGUCGAAGAUGGGUACGAAUUCUUCAACGAUCGUAUUCUCGUCACGGUCUUCUCUGCGCCAAACUAUUGCGGCGAAUUCGAUAAUUGGGGGGCUGUCAUGUCAGUUUCAGCAGAAUUGCUCUGCAGUUUCGAGCUCCUGAAGCCACUCGACUCUAGUGCGCUAAAGAGUCAUAUUAAGAAAAGCCGGAACAAGAGGCAGAGCAUGCUCAACUCACCACCUGCAAACCAAUACCCUCAAAGUUACUAACACACUGCGCCUGUAGGCCCAGGAAUGUGGUAAG